GUCUAUCAAUGAAGUAGUAAAGGAAGGGGACGACUGUGGCAGAGGAGAAGGCGAGGUUUUCUCAAGAAACCUUUCAUAGAUUGUUUGCUUUGGCUGAGUUCCCUUCUUUUAUUUACUGAAUUCCAGAGGUGACCAACACACACACACACACAAGAGCUGAAAAUGAAGUUCAUCAUUGGCAUUGGAGGAGUGACCAACGGUGGGAAGACCACUCUGACAAACAGACUAGUAAAGACGUUACCUAACUGCUGUGUUGUGCAUCAGGACGACUUCUUCAAGAAACCCGAUCAAAUAGAAGUCGGGGAGGACGGCUUUAGACAGUGGGAUGUGAUCAGCGCCCUGGACAUGGAGGCUAUGAUCAGUACCGUGAAAGGCUGGCAGGAGAACCCAGUCAAGUUCGCCCGCUCGCACGGUGUCAGCCUGUCACCUGACGCUGAAGAGUCACACUCAGAGGAGAAGGGGAUCCAUAUCCUGAUCAUUGAGGGCUUCCUGAUCUACAACUACAAGCCUCUUAUCGAAGUCUAUGACAAGUGUUUCUACAUUUCCAUUCCUUAUGAGGAGUGCAAAAAGAGGAGAAGUACAAGGACCUACACACUCCCUGACCCCCCCGGCCUGUUCGAUGGCCACGUCUGGCCCAUGUACUUGAAACACAGGAAAGAGAUGGAGAACAACUGCGACAGAAUAGACUAUGUUAACGGGAUGAAAUCUAAGGAAAUUAUCUACAACAAAGUGUACGAAAGCAUUCAGAACUCCCUGCUGAACAGUUAAUAGCAGGAUGGGGACGACAGCGGAUUUGUGUACAGACUUGUAAAUAUAAUGUUGAGUAAACGUGUUAACACCAACAUCGUUACUUCUAGCCUGAUCUGUAAAUAGUCAACCAGUGUAACUUAUGAAGAGCUAACGGCAGAAGUGCCAUGUUUUGUAUGAUCCUGUAACUUUUUUUUUCUAAAAGAUGAGCCACCUCUGGACUGAGCAGCGUUUUAACAUCAACAUGUGAAAUGAUUUUCUUGUACGCUGUGUCAAAGUAAAAAAUCCCUCUGACUGGGAGGAGCCACGUGUGUUUUGAAACUUAAAGAAAUGACUGACUCUGA